AUGUCUCUCGAGCAUGCAAACAUCAUCAAAUGUUUUGGUUUAUUGGCGGGCUCUGAGAAAAUUCAAUUUAUCACCGAGAUUUCUACUUCUGGUAAUUUGUUAGAUUAUCUUCAGAAACAUGUUCUUUCAAAUAAUACAGCAAUCAAGAAUUGGUGCAGACAGAUUCUUGAGGGGUUGGAUUAUCUUUACACUCGUAACCCACCAGUGAUUCAUCGUGAUGUUAACUUAGAAAACAUGUUUAUUAGUGGAGACACUGGAAUUGUUAAACUUGGAAAUUUCAGUCUGGCUAUGCAUCUGGGAGAGAAGUACAGUCGGCAUAAGUUCGAGUACUGCAGAAGAACUUAUGACGCAUCUAAGUUUAUCGCACCAGAAGUAAAGGAAGGAGAAGAAUGUAGCACUGCGAUUGAUAUUUACUCUUUUGGGAUGUGCGUAUUACAGAUGGUGACUCUUGAAGUGCCAUAUAGUGAGGUCUUUAAUAAGCAUAAUGCGCAUAAACAGGCUCGGAAGGGUGUAAUGCCUGAUGCACUGGAAAGAGUGGCAGACCCUGUGGCUAAGCAGUUCAUUGAAAGGUGUCUGGUUCCUGCUUAUGAAAGACCCACUGCGAAUGAACUGUUGGAUGACCCGUUUCUUUCACAGACCAUCUCAUCACCAGUUAGUAAUCAGAAUCUUGCAGACUGUUUGCAGGUUGUGCCUGGUCAGGUGGACAGAUUACUUCCUAAGAGAUUUAAACUAAGAGGGGAAAUAACUAAGACCAGCACUGACAUCUCCCUUACUGUGUGCAUAUACUAUACAAGUAGUGAAUCAGUGACAAACACGGUUUACUCACGUCAUGAUACAGUUGAACAAUUAGUGGGGAGAAUUGCUACAGAACAUGGCUUAUCGGAUGAAGAACUCAUACUGGUUCAUGAGCUUAUGGAAAAAAUGAUUAUUGCAGUUAGAGAUUCUAAACCUGGCUUGGAGCAUUAUUUUGAAAUUACAUGUAAAAACCGCAAGGUGAUAGAAGUUGGUCAAGUGGACUGGUUUCGAGCCUGUUUAUCAGGUCAGGCAAGUUCUUCGGGUGCAAAUCAGUAG